CCAUGAGGAUGAGCACGCGGAACCGGCGAACCAGGAUCAUCUUCAUGGCCGCGCGGCCGGCCCGGGCCUGGAGCGCGUUCCCCUCGCGCCCCUCUAGCUGCGGCUGGGCACGAGCGCGGCGCCGCCUCGCGGGUCAAGGUCCAUGGGCGCCGGGCGGCUACCAGCUCCGGGGCUGUGCCCGGGCCCGGACCGCGUGCAGGGCGCCCGCCGCCAAAGCGCUGGGUCCCCGCGCCAUCUCGGGGCCGUCCCCCCUCGGCCUCUCCGGAGCGGCCGCGCCCUCAGCCGGGGAGCGCAGGGGUCCUGGUCCGCGGGGCCGGGCGCGCGGGGGGCGGCGGGGGCCGCAGCAGGGGGAGGCUCGGCGCUCGCAGCGGCCGGCGCGGGGCUCAUCGGGCGCGCGGGUCCAUCCCGGCCGGGGCGCGACGGGCCCGGGCGGUGGCGGCGGCCGCAGGCGACCCGAUCCUCAGCGCGGUCCGCUCCAGGCGCCGGGCGGGUGGGCGGGGAAGGGGCUGCUCCUCCGGGCCGGGCUCUGCCCUCACGCCGCGCCCGGGAGACCGGGGCCGGGAGGGCGAAGGGCGGAAGGGUGGGCGCGGAGCGGCCAGCGGGGUCCCGGGCAGGUGCAGCGGCCGCCCCGAGCGCAGCUCCCGCCUGGCCGAGCCUCUCGGCGCCCCGCGCCCCGGGCGGGCAGAUAUCGAGCGCCGCGGAGCCGCCCCCCGCGUCAGCGCCCGCAGAUUGGCGGAGCCGCCGCCCCGGAGUCACGGCUGGGCCCGGGCCGGCUGCGCUGCGCUCUCCCUCCUCCUCCCCUCGGCCGCGCCCCGCGACGCCUCUGCAGCUCCGGGCGCGCUGAGGGAGGCGCCUGCGGCCCGCGGUUUGCAGAGGGAAGCGGCGGAGGCCGGGGGGGCCGCGCUCGGUUCCGGCCGGGCGAGCAGCUGCGGCCCAGUGGGGGGCUCCGGCCUGGCCGCUUCCCGGGACCCCCCCGCCCAGGGCCGCCGCCGCCGCCAGCUGCAGCCUCUCGGCUCCUCCCCGGAGGGGCCCGGGCCAAGUCCCUCCCCGGAGCCGCGGGGCGUCUGCGCCGCCGGAUGAGCUCCCCGCCGGGCGGCGACCCCGUGCCCCACGCCCGUCUCGGCAGGAGGAGGCGGAGACGGCCCCGCGGGAGACCCGGGCAGCGACUGGGCCCGGACCCAGGGGACGCCAGGGCCCUGGAGCUCCCGGCACCGGCCCAGCCCGGGGGACGCGCCCGCCUUAACCCUCCCGACGCCGGCCCGCUGGGGGCGCAGAGCGGGGCUGGUGUGUCGGGGGCGCUUCCUGCUUGGGGCCCACGGGGUGUGUGAGUGCAGGCGUGUGCGUGUGCAUGAGUGUGUGUGUUUGUGUGUGUGUUUGUGUGCGUGCAUGUGUGUUUGUGUGUGUGUGCGUGUGUGUGUUUGUGUGUGUGUUUGUGUGCGUGUGUGUGUGUGUGCACAUGCAUGUGUGUGCACGCGAGUGCAUCUCAUCUGUCACCCACACCCAGGGCAGCGGUGCUUGUACAACGUGGCUUCUGCAAGUGGCAGCUUCUGGUCCCCCAGCCCCCAGUAGGGAAUAUGAGUGAAUGUGGAUGUCAGCCUAAGAUCCUAGUCAGGGUGGACAUUGAGCUCGUUGUUCCUGAGGACUCACUCAUCUCUGAGCCUGGCCCAAUGCCUGGCAUUCGGUGGGCACCCACUAGAUACUUAUAAGGGGAGAAGUGGGGCUGGUCAGUGGAAUCCGUGUCUCUUGGGCCAUCUGAAGUGAGUGAAGGGCUGGGUGCGGCCCCCCUGGAGCCGGACUGGAGGCUGUGUUGGGUGGGGCGGUGUGACCUGGAGGUGGGCCGCCCCCAGGGAGACAGCUUCAUCCCUGUGAGUGGACUUCAUCCUUCCUUCCACUCACAUGGACAGCACCUCUGUGUGUAGACAGGGCCGCCGAGAGAGGCCAAGGAGGAUGAAGGGGAAGAUCCCAGGUGCAGGGAGAGUCCCGGGGGGGCGGACGGCAGGGACAGAGGCCUGCGGCAUUAGCCUGUGUUCUCCCAGCCCAGCGAGGGUCUCCCUUGGACUUGGGGUUCUGUAGGCUCCUGCCCCCCAUCUCUCGCGUGGCCUGCAGGACCUCGACACAGAGCUGUGGCUAGUGUCUCGGGGCAGACAUGGGGGUGGCCAGACCCCAUGGAACCCCAUUAUCCAGUGUGGGGCCCUUGGAGAUUCCCUGGGUACUUACUUCCAGUCGUCUCCUGCCCCCCACCCCUCCCCAGAGCAGGUUCUUCCGGAGCCCGGCUGUUGUCUGGACCCGUGUGCACCACCGGACGCCUCCCUCCCCGCACAGCGUCCUGGUUCAUCUCGUCUGUCGCCCCCUCAGAACAGUGACCUCGACCUCGCCAGAUCCUUCAGAAGCGCCCCUCCCUGCCCCACCACUGUUUUCCCAACAGCACCCGCCGUGGUCUGAAGACACUUUCUUCUGUUCCUGUUUAUUGUUUAUCUCCUCAAAACAUAAGCACUCGAGUAAGACAGGAGCCUCGUUCAAAGUUCGGCCCGGGGCCGGGCACAAAGCAGGCUCUCAGAGGAGGGACCACAAGCCCCUCUGCACUUGGGGACCAGGCGUCCACAGGCUGCGGCAGCACGUGACAAAAGUCAGAAGACAGGACCCCACUGAGGAGUGAGGAGACAGCGGCCAGCCCUCGGCCGGACCCUUCUGCCUAAUGCCUUUACUGGGCUGAGGAGGAAUUUGGUGGUUCAGUCUGCCCGCCUGUGGACACCGUGAAAACAGAGAAAACAGACACACACAGAUACACACAUAGACACACACAGAAACACACACAGAUACACACAUAGAUACAGAAACACACUGAUACACAC